AGCUUUGUGUACGUGCGUUCGGGGACGCGCCCGGUGCGCGCACACGGAUGCUGCGGCUUGUCGUGAUGGAAGAGUGAUUAUUGAAACAAAAAAAAGAGAGGAGAAGAAGAAGAAAAGCUGGCGGUGUGAAGGUGGCUAGCGGGUCGGACCGGACCGGACCGGACUGGACCGGACUGAGGGACACGGCCCGCAUGGACUGCUCCAGCGGCAGCGGGUUCCUGAACUCGGUUCCCAUCAUGCCCGUCGACAUGGCAGUGAGGCUCUAUCUCGCCUGCUCGCCUCCUCUGCACCCCUUCCUCCGUAACCAUGGUGACUGCUGUGCGCCGUCCGUGCCGCCGCUGCGACCGUGCCUGACUACUGCUGGCGACGACGUUACCAUGGCGACGGUGGUGUCGGCCUGCAGAAACGGUGGCAAACCCGGAAGGCAGAAGAAGAGUGUGGUGUUCGCCGACUCGCAGGGUUUGGCGCUCGCCACCGUCCACGUCUUGGAAGAGUUGGAGGACGAUGAGCUGAGCGAGCUGCAGUUCCAGUUGACGCAGAUAGAGGGCGCCACUUCCAGGCUGCAGCUGGAGGACAGUGCAGGCUCAGUGGACUCUGGUCCGGCUCUGGUUCUGGACUUCACCCCUCCAGCUGCAGACUAUCUGGACCUGCGGAACCGCCUCAAAGCACAGCAGGUCAGCCUGGAGACGUGCUCGGUGCAGGACCGGCUGCUGUCCGGCACCGUCCAGGUCCGUAACAUCUGCUUCGAGAAGUCUGUGUGGAUCCGGAUCACCUUCGACUCGUGGCGUUCUUUCCGGGACGUCAGGUGUUGGCACCUCAACAACGUCUACGCGUCCCCCGAUGUCGACACCUUCUCCUUCUCCAUUGAGGUGCCGGCGGCGUGCGAGUUGGGCGGCCACGUCCAGUUCUGCGUCCAGUACUGCACUCAGGACAAGACCUUCUGGGACAACAACCACGGGAACAACUACUGCCUGGCGCCGGUGGAUCAGGGCGCCGGCCACAGCGACGACUGUCCAGCGGCGCUGCCCAUCCUCGUUCCAGAGAAGAGGUCCGAGGUCGACCCGUUCGGGAGUCCUCGGACGUCAGCGGGAAUCUUCCCCGAGUGGCAAAGCUACGGGCACAUCCAGACCAGCACCCCCUACUGGUGAGAGCACCACAGGACACUUCAACGCCGCACUGUUAGAUGAAAGAUUUGCACUCGAGCACCGGGCGCCGUCUGGUCUGUAGAAGCUCCAAACGAGUCUGGACCAAGCUCAACCCGCACCCUCUCUCCUCAGGAAGUCCCACAUCUGUUCUGCUUUCACACACUGGCUGGUACACACGGUCCAACCCCUCCCAACAACCUCAGGGAAGACACACACAAACACCCACACACACGCCUGCGAUUUUAAAAUUCCAGAGUCACUUCCAGACAAUCAGGACUCCUGAAGGCUGGCAAAACCAGGAGACCACCUGUAGUGUUUUCUGUGAAUCUCCAAAGACCCUAAAAUGUCCUCCUGCACCUCCUCACAGCCGCUGGCAGGAAAUACAAGCCUAAUAUUCUGGACCUGGAUUAAGUCAAGAUCUUAGACCCUCCUAGACCCUGUGAGUCCCUGCCAGACUGGACCUGAUCACUGCUGCCUCAGAGCUGAAACCAGGAAGCUCCUCACAGCUGCUGCUGAGAGGAGCUCCGGAGCUUCUGAUCUCCUUCUGACCUCUCUCUGUCUUUUUAAUACUUCCAUCGUUCACUCCUCCAGUGUUCCUCACACGUUCUUGUAGCAUUCUUCUCAUUUCUUCCACAGUCUUUUAGAUGUUCCUCCAUAUUUUUUUAAAAAGUUUCUCCAGCGUUUCAUGUUCUAAUGUCACUGCACUGUUGGUUUUAGCACUCCGUUCCUUUUAAAUGUUCUCACACUACUCCUCACAAUCUGCAGGUUGUAAGCCCCGCCCUGUUUACUGAUAUGCUUGAGUUCGCCCCCCCCCCCCUCCCUGUUUUAGCUGAUGCCUUCCACUGGGGGGGGUCACACGUUUCUCACCCCACUUCCUGCUGACUGAUGUGUUUUUAAGCCCCGCCCCCGUGACUGUGGGCAGGAUUGUGGACAAAGUCGAUCGGUUCUCCCUCAUUGUGGUGCUGCUGCACGGCAACGGAGGCAACCGGCUCAGAAUGGAAGAACGCCUUAAAAGUCGACUGUGCGUGUGAGCGUGCACGUGUCAAACAAUAAGUGUUAGAUGUAAUGAGACUGAAGUCCAGCAGGAUGUAAUCAGAUUACAGUCCAGUGAAAAUGUGUCACUGGAUUUGAAUGCAAUGCCUUUAGUGUUAGGUGUGAAUGUAAUCGGAUUACUGUGUGUAAUCUCAGUGGUGAUGAGACUACACACAGAUCUGAUGAGAUGCUUGCACAGAAGUUCAGAUUCAGUCGGGUUAAUGUAGUCAGAUUACACAGUCAUGCUUUAUAAACCUUACAGAGGCUCACCAGCUCCUGAACGCCUCGUGAUGCAUUCAGGUCCUUCCGCAAAACUCCGGUUCAGCCCGCUGUGUUUUUUUUGCAGUCCUCCUGUUUUCUACUGAUGAAAUCUGAAUCCCGUCACUGUGCCUGUUACCUGCAGGGGGCGCUCUACAGGGUGUGUGUGCUGGAUUCCAUCCUGUAGGAGACAUAAAUUUUCCCAGAAUGCUUUGAGACAAGAUGUUCUGCCAGCAUUUAUUGCACUAGAGAAAACUAGCCAAUCACGUGUCUUCAGGUGAGGGUGGGAGGGGCUUCAGCAGGAAGUGAUCUAAGCAAGGACCGUUUGCUCCUUCUG